ACUCACUAAUCAAGGCGCCAUUGAAAGUGUCAUCUAGUUUAUCCAAGUCAGCCUGACGAUGUCGGCUAACGGGAGGAUUCGCAAGCGAAAGCAUAAAAACCAUACAAGUGGCGUCACAUCGACUCUGACGGCAACAUCAACAUCAACAACAGCAACAACAACAGCAGCAGCAACAACAACAACAGCAUCAGCAACUAUAACAUCUAGCAGCAAACCCUGGGCCAUAAACGAUGAGGACGGCUCUCUCGAUGGGGAUUACAAUAAUUUCACGCAUAAUUUCGUCGAUUUGCAGAAUCUUCUGAAUUUCAACGACAGCAACAAUGUUGCCAGCAACGUCUACAGCAGCAACAGCAACAGCAAUAGCACCAACACUAACUCUAGCUCCUCAAGCACAUCGAGUGCCAUUAAAUUGAGUAACGGUGCCAUUAUGGAAACACUUUUGGGCACCGUCUUGACCACAGCCACGGCUACAGUAUCCCCUGCUGCCACAACAACAGCAGCAGCAGCUUUGGCAUCGGCGGCAGCAUCCACUUCCGUUGGGAAUCCAUUGCCUGGCUUGGCCAUUGCCGAUGCCACCUCGUCCACCUACUAUGCCAACUUGCUGAGCAUAUCGCCGGCAACCACCAGCAUAAUUACUGCAGCAGCAGCAGCCACCAAAUCCUACAAUGACAGUUCCCUGCACUGGGAGCAAAUCGAUGGCAAUGUGGAUUUCGGUUUCGACUCCAUAUAUCGUCAUUCAUUGACCAUGUCCAUUGUCUAUUGUGUGGCAUAUAUUGUGGUAUUCCUGGUGGGACUCAUUGGCAAUAGCUUUGUGAUUGCUGUUGUAUUGCGGGCUCCACGUAUGCGCACCGUUACCAACUAUUUCAUUGUGAAUCUGGCCAUUGCGGACAUCCUGGUGAUUGUAUUUUGCCUGCCAGCCACUCUAAUUGGCAACAUCUUUGUGCCCUGGAUGCUUGGAUGGCUGAUGUGCAAGUUUGUGCCCUAUAUACAGGGUGUUUCGGUGGCGGCAUCGGUUUACAGUUUAAUUGCCGUAUCCUUGGACAGGUUCAUUGCCAUCUGGUGGCCGUUGAAGCAGAUGACAAAGCGACGUGCACGCAUCAUGAUAAUCGGUAUAUGGGUAAUCGCUCUAGUAACCACCAUCCCAUGGCUGCUGUUCUUUGAUUUGGUCCCCGCCGAGGAGGUCUUCUCAGGUGCCCUGGCCACGGCGUAUACACAACCGCAGUAUUUGUGCCAGGAAGUCUGGCCACCGGGCACUGAUGGCAAUUUAUAUUUUCUGUUGGCCAAUCUAGUGGCCUGCUAUCUACUGCCCAUGUCACUGAUAACGCUGUGCUAUGUCUUGAUCUGGAUUAAGGUGUCCACUCGCUCCAUACCGGGUGAAUCCAAGGAUGCCCAAAUGGAUCGCAUGCAGCAGAAGAGUAAAGUGAAAGUUAUCAAAAUGCUGGUGGCAGUGGUCAUUCUGUUUGUUCUCUCCUGGUUGCCUCUCUAUGUGAUUUUUGCCCGCAUCAAAUUUGGCUCGGAUAUUUCCCAAGAGGAGUUUGAAAUACUAAAGAAGGUCAUGCCAGUAGCCCAGUGGCUAGGAUCAUCGAACAGCUGCAUCAACCCGAUUCUGUAUUCGGUCAACAAGAAGUACAGGCGAGGAUUUGCUGCUAUUAUUAAAUCUCGCAGCUGUUGUGGACGCCUCAGAUACUAUGACAACGUGGCCAUAGCCUCAUCGACCACCAGUACACGCAAAUCCUCGCAUUACCAGCAGAACAGUUCACGCAAGAGUGCUAGCAGCAAGGGCAAUAAUGUCUCCUACAUCUAUGAGCACAACUCCCUGCGUCGUCACAAUAUGAUGCUGAAGCAGGACAGUAAUCUAUCACAACAAAUGCUGCUCAAGCAGGACUCUCAUGGCUCUCGCCAGUUCCUGAUUAAGCAGGAGAGUUCCUGCAGCGAUGCCUCAGGGAUACGGCGCCCCCUGUGCCAGCAGGACAGCAAUGGUUCCAAGAUAUCGCUCUCCAAACAGGAUUCAAUUGUCUCCUAUAUGGAAGGACGACGAGCAGCUGGACACGGUGCCACACAGAUGCAGGGUGACUGCCUGGCCGAUAGUGCUUCGAAUGAGAUGCGUCGCCCUGGCGUAAUACCAGGUUCGCUAUUGGACAAGCGACAAAAGUUUGUCAAACAAGAUUCGGUCAUCUCGUUUGUAGAUCAGCGACCCGAACCGCGUCGACAUCAGCUGGUCAAACAGGAUUCGGUUAUUUCAUUUGCCGAUCAACGGCGUGGACUUCUCCAUAAGCAGGAUUCUCUGAUGGCCAACAGAGCCAGCGAUGCGCCGACUCAUCAUGUUUCAAUACUCAAAAAGACCGAUUCGCAAUUGAGCUAUGGGUCCGCUUCACCUCGUCGUAAUGUGGAUCUCUAUGAAUAAAUUGAAGACGAUGAAUCACAAGUUAAGUAGAUAACUCAAUAGAUACCAGCGCUUAGAAUAAAUUGAUUUCAAAAUAUCCGACACAUAUCUGUUCACUAAACUUCCACUCCAUGACAUGUUUGGAUUAAUGCCAUUUAAAAAAAAAAAACGAAAAUUCAAAGAAUUAUCGAAAUAUAAUU